AUGACUUCAGGCAUGAACUUCACAGACCGAGCGACCGCAGCUCUGAGCGAGGCGCAAGAGCUCACAAAGCAAUACGCUCACUCACAAAUUCUACCACUUCAUCUCGCAGUCGCGCUCCUCGAUCCAGCACCAGACCUCUCAAAAGACCAACAAGCCACAUCACACGAGUCGCAUGCACAAGCAUCAGCUCCCCUCUUCAAGCAAGUCGUUGAGCGAGCUCACGGUGACCCACAGUUACUGGACCGAGCUCUGAAGAAGCAGCUGGUCCGGCUACCCAGUCAGGACCCAUCUCCAGACCAUGUCUCAGUAUCACCUACGUUCGCAAAGGUUUUGCGAGCGGCUGAACAGCUGUCAAAGACACAGAAAGACAGCUUCAUCGCCGUAGACCACCUCAUCUCGGCUGUGGUGCAGGACUCUACAAUCCAGCGGGCGUUAGCAGAUGCCAACAUCCCCAAGACGAGCUUGAUCGACAGUGCCAUACAACAGAUCCGAGGCACAAGGCGGGUUGACUCGAAGACAGCGGAUGCCGAGUCUGAAAACGAGAACUUGAAGAAGUUCACCAUUGACAUGACAUCCAUGGCCAGAGAAGGCAAGAUCGAUCCGGUCAUUGGCCGUGAGGAAGAGAUACGGCGGGUUAUCCGUAUUCUUUCCCGACGAACGAAGAACAACCCAGUUUUGAUCGGUGAGCCUGGUGUUGGUAAAACUACAGUCGUCGAAGGUCUCGCCCUCCGAAUCGUCAACGCAGACGUGCCGGCCAACCUCGCAGCGUGCAAGCUCCUGUCCCUUGAUGUGGGUGCUCUGGUCGCCGGCAGCAAGUACCGCGGCGAGUUUGAGGAGCGCAUGAAGGGUGUACUCAAUGAGAUUGAGCAAUCGAAGGAGAUGAUCGUUCUUUUCGUCGACGAAAUCCAUCUCCUCAUGGGCGCUGGUUCAAGCGGUGAGGGCGGCAUGGAUGCUGCCAACUUGCUCAAGCCCAUGCUUGCACGCGGUCAACUCCACUGCAUCGGAGCAACGACACUGGGCGAGUAUCGCAAGUACAUCGAGAAAGACCAAGCUUUCGAACGACGCUUUCAGCAAGUGCUGGUCAAAGAGCCUACCAUCCCUGAGACAAUCUCAAUUCUCCGCGGUUUGAAGGAGAAGUACGAGACGCAUCACGGUGUCACCAUCCUGGACGGCGCCAUCGUAUCUGCUGCCACCCUCGCCGCCCGGUAUCUCACUCAGCGUCGUCUCCCAGACUCAGCAGUGGACCUCAUCGACGAGGCUGCCGCUGCCGUGCGCGUGGCGCGCGAGUCUCAGCCUGAAGCGUUGGACAACCUCGAGCGAAGGGUACGACAACUCCAGAUCGAGAUCCACGCACUCGAGCGUGAAACAGACGAGGCUUCCAAGGAUCGCCUCCGCGAGGCGAAAGCCGAGAUGGCCAAUGUCGAAGAGGAGCUUAGGCCUAUGCGUGAAAAGUACGAGAGCGAGAAGGCUCGCUCGAAGGACAUUCAGGAAGCGAAGAUCAAGCUCGACCAACUCAAGACUAAGCUCGCGGACCUCGAGCGAACGGGUCAGUACGGCGAAGCAUCUGACGUCAAAUACUACGCCAUCCCUGAGACCGAGGAGCGCAUCCGGCAAUUGGAGGCUGAGAAGACAAGGGCGGAUGCGGCAAUGUAUGCACAGAGUGGUGGUGAUGGCGAGGCACUCAUCACCGAUGCUGUUGGGCCCGAUCAGAUCAAUGAGAUUGUGGCUCGAUGGACAGGCAUUCCAGUCACGAGACUCAGGACAACAGAGAAGGACAAGCUGCUGCAGAUGGAGCGUCAUCUCAGCCAGAUCGUCGUUGGCCAAAAGGAGGCAGUCACGUCCGUCUCAAACGCCAUUCGUCUUCAGCGGUCUGGUCUUGCAAACCCGAAUCAACCCCCUUCCUUCCUCUUCUGCGGUCCUUCAGGUACCGGUAAGACACUGCUUACCAAGGCACUGGCGGAGUUCCUCUUCGACGAUCCGAAGUCCAUGAUCCGCUUCGACAUGUCCGAGUACCAGGAACGCCACUCACUUUCUCGCAUGAUUGGAGCGCCGCCUGGCUACGUCGGUCACGAUGCUGGCGGCCAACUCACCGAAGCACUGCGCCGCCGUCCCUUUUCCAUUCUACUAUUCGACGAGGUAGAGAAGGCCGCGAAGGAAGUCCUCACCGUCCUCCUCCAGCUCAUGGACGACGGCCGCAUCACAGACGGCCAAGGCAGAGUCGUCGACGCAAAGAACUGCAUCGUCGUCAUGACAUCCAACCUUGGCGCCGAGUACCUUUCUCGCCCUAACGCACCGGACGGCCGCAUCGACCCAACGACCCGCGAGAUGGUGAUGAGUGCGCUGCGGGGCUACUUCCUGCCGGAGUUCCUGAACCGCAUCAACUCCAUCGUUAUCUUCAACCGGCUUACGAGGAAGGAGAUCAGGAAGAUCGUCGAUGUGCGCAUGGCGGAGAUUCAGAAACGUCUUCAGAGCAACGGACGGAACGUCAGGAUCGAGAUGACGGACGAGGUCCGCGACUACCUUGGCAGCGCGGGAUACUCGCCUGCUUAUGGUGCAAGACCGCUGGCGAGACUAAUUGAGAAGGAAGUGCUGAACCGCCUCGCGGUGCUCAUCCUGAGAGGCGCGAUCAGGGAUGGCGAGACGGCGCAUGUGGUCUUGGAGGAUGGGCAUGUCAUGGUGCUGCCGAACCAUGACAAUAGCGAUGCGUCGGACAGUGAGAUGUACGAUGAGGAUGAGGCGGUUGCGGAAUUGGAGGAUGGUGAUGGAGGCAUGGAGCUCUAUGACGAGUAG